UAUAGAUGUCUUGGCAAAAAUUCCUCAACAAACAAGAGAAAUUAAGUAUCGAAUUAGUUGCAUAUGCGAAAGCUAUGCAGUAUUUUCGUUUCUAUCUCGCCUCGAUUACACUGUCUCACUCACCUCGGAACCCUCAUUCCAAAAACGGUCGAAACAUGAAAGGAUCUAAAGAAUUUGCAAAUAUCUCCGCUGAAUUUAUCCUUCAAUUGCACUUGUUGGCAAAACAGAAGAGCCAGGAUCUACUUGGAAGGUGCCCGACUUAGUGAAUCCUUCAAACUGGGAAUGCUCAAUCCAGAAGAGUUUAUGCCUACCUAUUUGAUCCUCUCUCAACCAGUAACAAAGAAGCCACCUGCUAUUCUCAAAAACCCGGAUGGACAAAACGUGCCCUUAUUCUGCGAUUCCACGAGCUUUUACGUUGACGUGCAGUAAACUGUCCCCUCAUCAUAGAAUUUCUGUUUCUCACUUCUCUCUGUUGACCGGAAUUCUAUUUUUAGAUAAUAGCCAUUCCCAAUUUUUCGAAAUCCAAGUUUGGCGUCGUCUCAAAGAUGGCCGGCUUGUGAUGUAUUUGCCAAUCGAUCCCUCCCAGCCGAUCAAAUCGGUGGCACUCACUGUUCCACCGAAAUCUGCUAACUACAAUAUUUGCACCUGCGAUCGAACUUCUGCGCCGAUGCAUUUCCAAACUGACAAGCCAUUUCAACCCUUCAGGACUACAAUCAGUCAAAAACUGGACGACGUAAAUGCCGAUCAGCAAUAUUACUACCAUCAUUACGUACAAAAAUCAGAACCAAUCAAUCCAAGUGAAAGCAUAAAAAUCACCAAGGUAGGUACCAGCAAAGACCGUCUCUACUGCACCAUUGAUUGCAUCAAAGGCCUUAAAGUUCAAAACUUAAUUUUAGUUGGUAUUCUGCGUAUCGGUGAUACGCUUUAUGUCUCACCUUACACGCCCUUCCCCCCUCCCUCGAGUAAAAGGCGUCUGAACAGGAUAGACUUUUAUCACCGUCUCCACGAUCAAAAAAAUGCGUUUCUCCCUGCCAAGCGACCCCUGCUGUCGCAAGAACAGCAUCUCAGCGAGACCACACAAGUUCCGAGUGCAAUGGAGAAAAAAAUCUCCUGGAACCAUCUUAUUCAAGAAAUUCAAGAAUUGCCAAAUGCAGAAUACACCUAUCAAGUGCUCGAACUCCUGAUUAGUAUAGGCGUCAAAUUCGAACACAAACAACCUACUAUGGUUCGUACUGAAAUUCUAGAAUGGUUCUACAGCAACAACGUCCCCUGUAAACUCAAACUCCGUCUGGGAAUGAUGAAACUUUUUUACCAAUCAGUCUUCUUCGGUCCCAUUUCCUCUACGGCGGCAUCUGACCUGCUCAUGGCAAAAUACUAUUCCAGUCCCUCUUGUGGCUACUACCUCAUUCGUUUUUCAUCAUACGCUAUCUGCCCGUAUCUCGAACUCCAAGGAGUCAUCGCCGACCAGCAAAUGAACGCCAUCAAGCCUUACAGUGCCACUAUCAAAUUUGACAUCGAAAACACAUCAAGAAAUAUCCUGUAUUGGCUAGACAACGAGCAAAGCUCUAUCAGGAACCUAACCGAACUAUUGGAACACAUUUCCACACUCGCAUAUUGGUCCCCUUUGUCACGAGAUGAAGCACUCUAUUCCGAUUAUUCGUCAUCUUCCAUGCCAAUUGAACUCAACAACGACCUCAGUUUUCUCAACGACCCCUAUACAACCCUUUCCGGUUCUGCUCUGGCCACGGCUUCGUCUCCUUCUAACUCUUUCUUUAGCCAUCCACAGACGCCAAAACUGGUCGAACUCACUUUCCCUAACUCCGACAUGCUCGUCAAAACACCCCCAAGUCCGAUGUAUUUGGCCAAUAACGACGUGUGCCCUCACCCCACUUCUUCUGUGAAUGACCCUUCCAACCCUAUGCUUUUCCUCUCUAAAAUUAAUGAUCCUAUGCACGACCAAAUGAAACUUCAAGAUGGAGGAUGUCCAGGGUACAUUUAUACCGAUGCAUAA